ACAGCAGGUACACGAAGACUUCCUCCCAUCGUAGAUUUUCACUGCGAUGGAGUACAACCACUUCAAGAUGAAUUCAACAACAGAAAACGCGAACGACUCAACAACAGACAUAAUCGUGUUUGACCUUAUUCCUUUAUCAUCAAGAUACAAUCUUGUACAGAAUAUUGUAAAAACUUUCGUGGUAAUAUUGUCUCUGAUAGGUAUUCUUGUCAACGGCCUCUUUCUUGUCGUCAUUAUCAAAGACCCGUUCAAGCAGUUGCGAACCAUUACAGCAAUAUUAUUGGCCUUCAACUCCGUUACGAAUCUUAUCCUGACUUGUGUUUCAUUUGUUGAGAACUUGGUAAACUGGUUUGAUGGAACGCUUCCACAAGAGUUAAUUUUUUACGUGAAAAUAGUUUCGUCGUUUUUGUAUAUUUUCGGUAAUCUCUUCCAUACAAUUAAUACUUACGGUGCCAUUGUUGCUCCUGUGCGUUACAUGAUAGUAGCACCAAAAAUACGAAAAUAUUUGGUGCAAAGUCUUACACUGGCUACAUUGGUAACAUUCCUCGUUGUUGUUAUACCUGUUAGUGUUUUACCAAAGAGCAAGCAACAAGAUCUUGCUACAGCAGUUAUUACAAUAACGUGUGCUUUGAUCGUGAUGUUAUCUAUUACAUUUGCGAUUAUUUACUAUAGAAUAUUUCGAUCACUGUACGCUAAAAGAGAGAAAGUAAAGUGGACGUUACGUCGGAGAAAGCUGUAUACAGUUAACAUGAAACAUUCUGUGGACUAUCGUAAUCAGAGGAUCGCAAUGACGCUUUUUGUACACGUUGUUUUCUUCACUUUAACAGCAGUCCCUGGCCCCGUAAUUUUUUUAAUUUUUCUUCAUCAUGUGAGUUCGGAUGCUUUGAGCCUUGCGGCUCUCUUCAGCGUUCCUUUGUCAUAUUUACCCUUGGUGUUUUUACCGUUACUUUGGCUAUACCGACUGAAAACCUACAACAGAGGAAUGCUGAAGAUUCUAUGUCUUUGGAGAGGAGAGAAAAUUGAAGAAAAAACUCAACUGAAUGCAUAUCAUCAAACUCAGAAUGCAAGUCAAGAUCAGACAGUUUUACAAAAAAUUUGAAUUUUCAUGCUUGCAUCGUUGAACAAUGAAGAAUUUGUACUCAAACUCUGAAGUGUCUUUGAAAUAAAUCAAUCGAUUCCUGUUUGAGAGUAAGCAUGUACACGUUUAACUGUUGUAAGUGUAAAGAUUGAUAUAUCUGACUCAUUUUAGAACGUCAAAUUUAAAAUAUACCAGAUUUGUAGCCAUAGUCUGAAGCGGUAGCAGUGCGUCGGAGCAGGUUUGAAAUUAUAUUUGAUUGAAAUACA